UGCACCUAGUUUCAGUUCUUGCGUACAGCUCUUCAGGUCUCCUUCCUUAUAUCUCCAUGCAGCUUUCUGGCAACUCAUGAUCGCAUCCGUUGUUAUUAUCGGCGAUAAUCCCUUAGGUGUUUGCCCUACCUUGACCAAAUAGUUGUUUACCGGUUCCUUUGUAGAUAUUGUACUUAGGCUCCAUGGUUGGCCACCGUCUACAGAAAUACAAGCCUAAGUUGUUUUGGUCCGAGAUUUUACGCCAUUUUGAUCCAGGUCGACUCGAUUCAUCGUAGCGUAGAGCAGCGCACGUUAGAUACCGGUGAUUCCGCGGCAGCUUGAACUGUCGCUCUCUUCGCUUGUAUCCGAUAUUCAGCAGCCGAACGACAGUUCCGCGUACGCAUCAGGGUCCGUGUAGUGGUAAGAAACUGUUAGCCAUUUGCCGAACGGAUUGUUCAGGAUACAUUCAAAACGUGUAGUUGUCAUCGGUUCGCGUUUAUGGAGUGGUCGAGCGAUUCAGAUGACGAGUCAGGAAUGAGCGGGUUUGGACCUAUCGGACCGGGAGGGGUCGGCAGCAGCAUUAGCAAGGACGGCGUGGCGCCGGCAGGGGACGGGAGCAGCGAGUCAGACGGAGCGAGGUUGCUGCCGUCAUUCCUGCGAGGAGUUAGCGACGAGAGUAGACGGGCGAUUGAGGCACUUAUGGCGGCUAAGCCGUGCGGUCUGAUAGUCUCUGACGCGUUGGAACCCGAACAUCCUAUCAUCUAUGUGAACAGCGUGUUCGAGCGCUUGACUGGCUAUACCGCAGAGGACAUUCUUGGACGAAAUUGUCGGUUCCUUCAGUAUCGCGGGGCAUUCGCGCAGCGGCCGCACGCCCUCGUGAAUCCCGCCACCGUUGCGCGUCUGCGCCAGUGUGUCGCGGAGGGCCGCGAGUUCUGCGGGGAGAUCCUCAACUUCCGCAAGGACGGCAGCGCCAUCAUGAACACGCUCUGCCUCGCCCCUAUUCGCGGAGGCGACACCAAUGCGGUAACCCAUUUCGUCGGGGUGCAGUCCUUCGCAGAAACCAACGUCGAGCUCGGCCCCUUGCCGGGUCCGCCGCACAAGGAGCUCCAGCAUCUGCCCAUGUCGGGGGCGGCAGCCUCAGCCGCCGCCGCCGCCGCAGCUGCCGUGGUUGCUGCGCGCUGGCCGCCGUCCAGGCAGCCCGGUCUCCUCUCCGACCGUUCACCAGUCAGCCCAAUCGUCGGCCCUUGCAGCCGUGCGGAUCCCAGUGAGCCCUCACCCGUCCCGGGGCCCAGCACCAGCGGCACUGCCCCGGGCAGCAGCAGCAGCAGCGCGUGGCCCGCUUGCUGCCUCAGCGACCACCCCCCCUUUCCAGGGUUCGGGCGGAAAUGCCCGCGGGAGGGGGGGGGCAGCCGGGGAUGCAUGGGGCCCGGGCGCAACUACCCCAGCAGUUACCCCAGCAGCAGCGGUGGUGGCAGCGGCAGCGGGUUGUUGCAGCUGAGCGACGAGGUGCUGGUGCAGAGAGUGAUGUGCCACCUGGGGCCCAGGGACAUCGCAUCCCUCGCCAUGGCCUGCCGGCGGUUCAAGAAGCUAGCCGUCAGUCAGGACGUGUGGCAGCGCGCGUGCCAGCACCUGUGGGGCGCGGAGGCGACAGCCGCCGUGCAGGCGCAGGCGACGGUGGGGUGGAAGUCGGAAGAGGAGGAGGCGGCGGAGGAGGUAAUUCGCAGGGGGAGGUACGCCUGGCACGGGAAGAGCAAGGUGGUAUUUGAAGGAGCGGUUGGAAAGGAAGGGGGGUUGGAGGGCGAGAGAGGAAAGAAGGCGUGUGCGGGUAGCGGGCAGCAGCAGAGGCAGCUGAUCGAGAACCAUCAGAAGUCGCAGUGGCUGCAGCGAGUCAAAUGGGGGCAGAUUGCGCGCGAAUUAACCACCCUGGAAGCAGCCACGUGGCGCAAGGUGACUGUAAAGGGGUCCGUGGAGCCCUCGCGGUGCAACUUCAGCGCGUGCGCCGUGGGCAGCAAGGUGGUGCUGUUCGGCGGGGAGGGCGCUAACAUGCAGCCACUCAACGACACCUUUGUCUUGGACCUAGCGUCGGACAUCCCCGAGUGGAGGCAUGUGCCCGUCGCAGGUUCCGCGCCCCCCGGGCGGUGGGGGCAUACGCUGUCGUGCGUGAACGGGUCGGGGCUGGUGGUGUUCGGCGGGUGCGGCAGGGAGGGGCUGCUGAACGACGCGUUUUUGUUAGACCUGGACGACAAGCAGCCCAAGUGGCGCGAGGUGCUCGUGGGGGAGCAGGCGGGCAGUAGCAGCGCCGGGGGUGGCGCUAGGGCGGGGGAAGGCGGGGAUGGCGGGGAUGGCGGCGCUGGUAGGGUGAGCACUGGGGACGGUAGCGACGUGGGCGAAGGGCUGCUUUUGAGAAGUGGUGGGGACGGUCGAACAGCCGCUGAAUCAGCAGGGGAUGGCGAGAUAGUAUUCAGACAAGGGCAGGGAGAGGGGGCGACCCAGCAGCAAUCGGACACCAGACAAGACUACCAACAGCAGGACAGCAGACAGCAGCAUCAGCAACAGCAACAGCAACAGCGGCAGCCGCACCAACACCAGCAGCAGCACCUGCAGCCUCUCUCACAACCACCACCACCGCCCACGCCGCCUCAGCGGCCGCACCCGCGGUCGUGGCACAGCUCAUGCACGGUGGAGGGCUCGAAGCUCGUCGUGUCGGGCGGGUGCACGGCGUCUGGCCGCCUGCUCUCCGACACCUUCCUGCUCGACCUCGCGCACAACCCGCCCUCCUGGAAGGAGAUCCGCGUCGCCUGGGCGCCCCCCGCGCGCCUGGGCCACACGCUCUCCGCGCUGGGCGGGCGCAAGGUGCUCAUGUUCGGCGGGCUGGCUACCAGCGGCGCGCUGCGCCUGCGCUCCAACGACGCCUUUAUUAUCGACCUCGCGGACGAGCAUCCUAACUGGCGGACGGUUUCCCCCGACGCGCCUCUCCCGGGCGCGGGGGGCGGGGCGAACGGGAGCGGCGCAGGGGGCGGAGGGGGAACGGGCGGAACGCCAGGGGGAGCGUCGCCCCCGCCUAGGCUGGACCACGUGGCGUUUGCGCUGCCAGGGGGGCGGGUGCUGGUGUUCGGGGGGUCAAUCGCGGGGGUGAGCCCCACGCCGUCACAGGUAUACCUGCUGGACCCGGGCGAGGAGAAGCCGAGGUGGAGGGAGCUGGCGUUUCCGGGGCAGCAGCCGCGGAUAGCGUGGGGGCACAGCACGUGCGUGGUGGGCGGGACGAGGGCCGUGGUGCUGGGCGGGCAGACGGGCAAGGAGUGGGUCCUGAAUGAGCUACACGAGCUCUCGCUACUCAGCCCGGCCGCCAUGGCGCCUCCCGCUAGAUGCCGUGGGGUGGAGGACGGAGGGGAGAACGGGGGGGCUGCAGGGCACGAGGGGAACGCGGAGGCUGGUGGCGUUGGGGAGAUGCAGAAGAGGGAGGGGAGCAGCAGGGAGGGGGGGGGGGUGGAGGGGGCGCGUGUGGAGGAAGGGGCGAGUGAGGAAGGUGUGGUGGUGGCGCAGGGGCAUGUGGCGUCGGCGUCCAACCCAGGAUAGCUGCUGCCUGCCCACCAAGCUCGUCCGGCCUGGCGCACGUGGCAGCAGCAGCAGCUGAUGGUAACGAGCGGCUCUUUUAACAAGUUCAGCAGCAGCAGCAGCAGCAGCAGCAGCAGCAGCAGCAGCAGCAGCAGCAGCAGCAGCAGGCAGCGGAGGAGAUUAGAGGGUUUCAGUGGGAAGCUGGGAAUGUAAGGGGCAUAGUGCAGUAGGUGUGGUUGGGGCAGUAGUGGGCACAGGCGCAUCAAGACCCGCUUGGUGCCAUAGCUGAUGGGCUGCAGUGUUGUCGCUGCACUACACAAGACCAAGACAGACAGACAGGUUGAGAGGGAUGGGACGCUGUUUUUUGGAGAUGUCUCUUGUGGCUUCUCAACUUGGUACUCUAGUGGGACCCAUUUACUGUAGGUGCUUUUUUUCUCAUGGAACCCAUUCAGGCGCUGGCAGCUUCAGUUUUAUAGACGCAGCUGCUCAGCUCUCUAAUCCUCUGUCACACAGUCAGGCACACAGCUUAUCUUACAAUGUGCUGCUGUCCUGUUACGGUGAAUGGACUGCUUUGCUCAGGUGAAU